AUCCCAGUGGAGUCGCAUCGCAUCGCAUAGCAUAGCAUUCAUGAUAGUAUGUGUAUCCCUUCUGCCUGGCUCGCGCAAGCUAUCCCUUUUCUUCUCUCGGCAUCCGGAACGAAGAAACCGAAAUCAACUACCAGCUCCCUGAUUUCUCCAUCCUUUACGCCUCUUCGAUCUCCUUAUUGUCGCACGAUUCCGAAAGUCGAAUCGGAUUAAGUUGGCGGUUGUUCUCCCAGAUUGUCUGGCUUUGAUUCGCCAUGGAUAUCUCAGUGGCUUCAGUCGUCGUCGACCUCCCUAGUUUUUGCACCUCCAAACCGCUCGCCUUCGCUAGAGCUUGCCCUCCCCAAAGGCGGAAAUUUGGGAAUCCCAAACCACUCUCAGACCCCAAGAAGAAGCGGGUUUAUGUCCGUUUGGGCAGUCCUCAGAGUUUCGGGGAGAUGGGACGCACUGAAUUGGAUGUUAGCGUCGGUUCCGGUGGUGUGCUUGAUGCCCUCAAGUCGAUCUCCGACCCGGUUCAGGCCCUUUCGUUCUUCACGGAGGUCGCCCAGCGGCCGGUGGCCGUCCACACGACUGAAUCCUUUGACUACAUGCUUGACUUCUUGAGGGUUCGUGUCAGAGUGGACGACAUGCGCCUUGUGUUUGAUUUAAUGCAGAGGCAGAUUGUGAAGCGGAGCCCCAGCACUUUUUUGAUCAUUUUCAAGGCCCUUGGCGUCCGUGGGGGGCUGCAGAAUGCCCCGCUCGCACUUUCAAGGAUGCAGGAGGAUGGAUUCGUGAUGAAUUCUUUCUCUUACAAUGGACUGAUACAUUUCCUUCUUCGUGCUAAAUUCAGUAAAGCCGCACUGGAGGUUUACAAGCAGAUGAUAUCAGAAGGAAAAAUGCCAAGUAUUAGAACUUAUUCUGCUCUCAUGGUAGAUUUGGGCAGGAGGAGGGAGACAGUGGCUGUGAUGGAACUUUUGGAUGAGAUGGAAGUGCAAGGGUUGAGUCCAAAUGUAUACACCUUCACCAUAUGCAUUCGGGUUCUUGGCCAAGCAGGAAGAAUCAAUGAAGCUUAUGGUCUCCUUAGGAGAAUGGAGGAACAAGGGUGUCAACCUGACGUAGUAACUUACACUGUACUAAUAGAGGUGCUUUGCAGAGCAGGGAGGCUCACUGAAGCAGAGAACAUAUUCUGGAAGAUGAAGGCUAGUGAGCAGAAGCCAGAUAAGGUGACUUAUAUCACAUUGUUGGACAAAUUUGGUGACGGCGGGGAUUUUAAUUCAGUGCAACGAUUUUGGGAAGAAAUGGAAAAGGAUGGUUAUCGUGCUGAUGUAGUUGCUUAUACUAUUCUGAUAAAUGCUUUGCACAAACAAGGUAAGACUGAAGAAGCUACUAAAACAUUGGAAAUCAUGGAAGAGGAAGGGAUUUUGCCAAACUUGCAUACUUAUAAUACGUUAAUUGGUGGCCUUCUUAGAGUGAACAGGCUGGAUGAUGCUCAAGAGCUCUUUAACCAUUUGAAUAUUCAUGGUCCAAAGCCAACAGCUUAUACCUAUAUCCUUUUCAUUGACCACUAUGCAAAAUCUGGAGAUUUUGAGAAAUCAUUUCAGACAUAUGAGGUUAUGAAGAGAAAGGGAAUUGUUCCGGAUAUUGUUGCUUGCAAUGCAUGCUUGUAUGGUCUUGCAGAGUCUGGGAGACUUGGACAGGCUAUUGAAGUUUUUCAGGAAUUGAAGGAUGUUGGUAUUUCUCCUGAUACUAUUACAUAUAGCAUAAUGAUUAAAUGUUGCAACAGGGUUGGAAAAGUUGAUGAAGCUCUGAGGUUGUUCAAUGAAAUGAGACAAAGUGGGUGCAACCCGGAUGAGAUUACUGUCAAUUCGUUGAUUGAUGCCCUCUACAAGGCUGGUAGAGGAUAUGAAGCUUGGACAGUCUAUUUUGGUAUGAAGACGAUGAAUCUUGAGCCCACUGUAGUAACAUACAACACGUUACUGUCAGGAUUAGGAAAAGAGGGAAAAGUUGAGAAAGCCAUGGAGUUGUUUCGGCAUAUGAGAAAUCAUGUUUCUCCUCCGGAUACAAUAACAUACAAUACUUUGUUAGACUGUCUCUGUAGAAAUGGUGAGGUUGACCGUGCAGUGAAAAUGUUGUACGGGAUGACAGAAGAGGAAUGUCUACCUGAUUGUCUAUCUUAUAAUACUGUAAUUCAUGGCUUAGGUAAGGAAGAUAGAGUUAAUGAAGCAUUAUGGCUUUUUCAUCAAAUGAGAAAAGUUCUUUUUCCUGAUUUUGUAACUCUAUGCAGCAUCUUGCCUAUGCUUCUUAGAAAUGGGUUGCUGGAAAAUGCUAUCUAUGUUACUGAGGCUUAUGUUCUUCAGGCUGAUGCUAUAACAGAUAGGUCUUCAUGGGCAUCUCUUACAGAAGGCAUAAUAAAUGAAACUGGAAUUGAUCAAUCAAUUAAGUUUGCUGAAAAGGUCACUAGAAAUGGUAUGUUCCAAAAUGACACAUUGUUGUGCCCUCUUAUUAAGUCUCUUUGUGGGUGUAGGAGAGCAUGGGAUGCAUGUACUGUUUUUGAGAAGUUCAAAGGCUACCAUAUUUCACUAACCAUUGAAACAUAUAACCCUCUUAUUAUUGGGCUCCUUGAAGUCAAUUUAGUUGAAGUAGCUGAAAGGAUCUUUGCAGAGAUGAAAACAGCUGGAUGCUGUCCAGAUGUUUUCACCUACAAUGCUUUCCUUGUUGCUUAUGGUAACUCAUCAAGAAUAGCAGAUUUGUUAAAGAUGAAAGAAGAGAUGCGUUUUAGAGGCUGCCAACCAAACAACAUAACCUACAAUACAAUCAUAUCAGGCCUUGUCAAGUCCAACUUGCUGGAUCAGGCAAUUGACUUGUAUUAUGAUCUUAUGUCCGAGGGCUUUUAUGCUACACCAUGCACAUAUGGUCCUCUUCUUGAUGGACUCUUGAAAUCAGGGAGAGUACCUGAGGCAGAACAUUUGUUCAGAGAGAUGCUUGAGUAUGGAUGUAAACCUAGCUCUGCCAUAUAUAAUAUUCUUAUAAAUGGAUAUGGAAAAUCUGGCGAUGUCGAAAAGGCUCUUCAGACAUUUGAAAAGAUGAUUAGAGAAGGUAUCAAGCCAGAUGUGAAGUCUUACACAAUUCUUAUAGACACACUUUGCAUGGCUGGUAGAGCUGAAGAUGCUUGGUGCUACUUUAAGGAAGUAAGGUUAACUGGUCUGGAACUCGAUUUGAUCAUCUUCAAUUUGAUGAUUAAUGGUCUUGGGAAAUGUCAGAGAGUACAAGAAGCCAUGACUCUCUUUAACGAAAUGCAAGAUAGAGGAAUAUUUCCUGACUUGUAUACUUAUAAUUCUUUAAUACUGACCUUUGGGAAAGCUGGGAUGGUUACUGAAGCUGCAAAGAUGUACGAAGAACUCCAAUUGAAAGGUUUCCGACCUAAUGUCUUCACAUAUAAUGCACUUAUUCGAGGUUACAGUGUGUCAGGUAAUACUGACCAUGCAUAUUCGAUGUAUAAGAAAAUGCUAAUUGGAGGGUGCAGUCCUAAUUCAGGAACGUUUAUCCAGCUUCCUAAUCCAUGAUAUUACAGGGACCACAUUCUAAUUUUUCUGGGACAACAUCUGGUUGUACAGCUUGCAUGACUGUUAUUAGGAACGAUCAACUUUUGUUGCAAAUGCUGGUGAUUCUCGCUGUGUUGUCAAGGAAGGGUCAGGUUUGCCCCCAAGGAAUCCUAUUUUAUGUGUGCAAUUAUAUGCUUUACUACAUCAAUGGAAGAUAUUAUAGUUAUGUGUAUGUUUGCUCUUUUUGUUCCUUGAUAGGCUGUCAGCUUAACUAUUUAUCACAAACCAGGUCUUGAAGAUGAGAAAGAGAUAAUCCUAAAAGCAGGAGGAUUUAUCCAUGCUGGACCAGUAAACGGAAGCUUAAACCUUGCAAGAUCAAUUGGUGACAUGGAUUUAAGGAAAAUAAAUUUUUACCCGCGGAAAAGCAAAUUCUGACUUGCAAUCCCGACAUCAAUAUUGUGGAGCCAUCUCAUGAAGAUGAAUUCAUUGUUAUAGCAUGUGAUGAAGUCUGCUUCACAAGGCAAUGAUGCGUGAGGAAUCAGUAAAGUUUGAAGAGGGCAUCAUCUUUCAGGAAUUAUAUAAAUCCUUCAAAUGCGGUUAAUGUAUCUGCCGGACCAGGUCCGGAAAAGGCUUCCAAUGAAAAAGCAGUGGUCAAUGAAGGCAAUGCAGGUGAAACCAUUGAUGAACCUGAUGGUGCUGAAAGCUAAUUCAGAGGGGCACGCGAUGACAGCCACUCAGCACAGCAGUGCAGGGCGACACUGGGACAAGUUGCUGCAGCAUGCAUGCAUGCAUGAUGGCCUCAUCUUCUCAUUAUCUCCUUUCUCCCCAUGCUGUUGAGGAAAGUCUUAAUAAUAUCUUGACUCGGGGUGCUACGCCUGAUUGGUUUGCAUGCCAAGCCCUUUUUUAGGUUCUUCGUCAUCCCCCAAAAAGGUUGAGCAUGAUCUAACUUAUCCAAUCACUGAGGGAGGGGACCGUCACCACUCAGGUGGAUGCUUUCCCAGACAUCACCUGCUUUUUAUUUAAUUAGAAAAAAAAAAAAUGAAACCGCUAAGUUAGUGGCCCUCGCAGGCUGUCUAUUAUUAUGAGGGAAAUAAAGCGGGAAAGUCUAAAUGGCAAGUGUAUUAGCGGGAGUCUACAGAAAUGAAGAAAUUUUCUAUUGAAUUUUGAUC